AAGAUGUCUCCCGUAGAUGCUCAGGCAAAGUCCUCCCUGGCUGGGCAGACACCUAUCCUCUGUGCAGAGUAGUCUAGGUGGAGUCUGGGAUCCUAACCUGAUGAAUCUUUUUUAGAAUUUAAAUGAAAGCUGGUCUGAAAACUGAUUCUAACCCAUACAGCUCUUUAAGAACCUAGUGCACCCUUCUUGAAGAUGUCUUCAGUGAAAUUAUAAGUGGAUUUGGUUUUUGUUUGGUUUGAUUAUUUGUAUGUUUAUAAUAUAAGUUGGUGGCUAUACGUACAUACAUACAUAUAUACAUACAUACAUAUAUGGCACAUAUAUACUCAUAUAUGUAAUCUGUUAUUUCAGAAGGAUUUUAAACUUUCUAUUUGUAAGAGUUUUCUCCUCUAUUAUAAUCUUGUAUUCCUAUUAUGGUAUUGGCCUCACAGGGUAAGGACCACUUGCCCAAACGUGGUAAUGCAUACAAUGAAUUGGGCCCAUACAAUGCAUGGCUAUGCUACCAUCCUCUGGAGCACAGAGAGUGUGGGUCAGAGACAGGCUUCAGAAGUUAGUUCUCUUCUUUCAGUGAUGCAACUCAGGCUGCCAAUUUGGCUGCAGGUUUUCUUAUCUGACCUUGGUGUAACACACUUUGACAGAAGAUGUUUCAUGUUAUCUAUCAUACCAGAGGAGGUUGUUUAUAUAUUUUUUAUUUUAUGAGAAUUAUAUGCAUAAUAUAAUAAUGAUCAUAUCUGCCUUCCAUUUUCCACCUCUAACAUCCUAACUGUCCUUCCUAACAUGCCCCUCCCCAACUUCAUCUCUUUUUUUUUCUUCCUUAUAAGGCAUUAAGCUCAUUUAGUACAUCCCAUAUGUGCGUGCACUGGUAUGGUACCAUCCACUGGAGCAUAGGAAACUACCAGUGGCCACACCCUAAAAGAAGAAUGCUUCUCCAUCCUCCAGCAGCUACCCACUGCCAGCAACUCCUUAGUGAAGGAACCAGUGACCUUUGAGGAUGUGGCUGUGAACUUCACCUUAGGAGAGUGGGCUUUGUUGGAUUCUUAUCAAAAGGAGCUCUACAGAGAUGUGAUGAAGGAAACCUUUAGCAACCUGAUCUCCAUAGGGAAAAGCGAGGAAGACAAUAUUGAAGAUUACCAAAAUAUUAGGAGAAAUUUGAGCACUCUCAUGGUUGAAGGAUUCUAUGAAUUUGAACGUGGUAUUCAGUAUAGAGAAAUGCACCAACAGAUUCAAGAGCAUAUCGUUAAUAAGUACAUACCUCCCGGAAUAGUAGUAUAUGAAAACAGUGCAAGUAAAAAUGAUGUCAUUGGUCUUUCACAGUCAGAUGUGCACCUCAGACUACUAACUGUAGAGAAACCAUAUGAGUAUCAGAAAUGUAUGGAAAAGCCUAUUAAGCAUAAGAAAUAUUGGAAAGAUCUUGCAUAUUCUGAGUCUUUUCUUGCCCAUGAGAAUCCUCCCAAAGAGAAACCAUAUGGAAAUAAACAGUCUAAUGACCCCUGUAGGAGUCUCACUUCUGAUCAAGAUUAUGAGACAACACAUACUGGUGAUAACCUCCAUGAAUACAAGCAAUUUGAAACGGCUAUCAUGACAUGUAGUUAUGGUCAGUCAUAUGAAAGAAUCCAAACUGGAGAAAAACCAUUUGUGUGUAAGCAGUGUGGAGAAGCCUUUGUUAAUUCCAGUCACCUUAUCAAACAUUAUAAAAUUCAUACCAGAGAGAAGACAUUUGCAUGUAAAUAUUGUGGGAAAGCUUUCAUUCAUCCAAGGGCCUGUUAUAACCAUGAACGAACUCAUACUGGAGACAGACCUUAUGUGUGUAAACAAUGUGGGAAAGCAUGUAUUCAUUCUUACCACCUUCUCCAACAUGAAAGAAGUCAUACCCGAGAAAAACUUUAUGCGUGUAAGCAGUGUGGGAAAGUAUUCGGACGUUCUUCGUACCUUCGCAAACAUGAAAGAAUUCACACUGGAGAGAAACCGUAUUUAUGUAAGCACUGUGGGAAAGCCUUCAGUGAUCCCACAACCCGUAACAAUCAUGAGAGAACUCAUACCGGAGAGAAGCACUAUGUUUGUAAGCAGUGUGGGAAAGCAUUCAUUCGUUCUUCUCAGCUUCUGAUCCAUGAAAGAAUUCACACUGGAGAGAAACCUUACUCCUGUAAGCACUGUGGGAAAGCCUUCACCUAUUCCAGUGCCUGUUACAUUCAUGAGAGAAUUCACACUGGAGAAAAACCCUAUGUGUGUAAGCAGUGUGGAAAAGCAUUUACAUGUUCCACAUACCUUCACAAACAUGAAAGAAUUCACACUGGAGAGAAACCGUAUUCAUGUAAGCAAUGUGGGAAAGCCUUCAUCCAACAUAGGGCUUGUUACAAUCAUGAAAGAAUUCACACUGGAGAAAAACCCUAUGUGUGUGUGCAAUGUGGGCAUGCAUUCACUUUUUCAAAAUCCCUUCAAAUACAUGAAAGAAACCACACUGGAGAGAAACCAUAUGUAUGUAAGCAGUGUGGGAAAGCCUUCACAUGUUCUACAUAUCUUCACCAACAUGAAAGAACUCACAGUGAAAAGAAAUCUAGUGGGUAGAACUUAUACCAAUGUAAAUCAUUUGAGAGUCUUUGUAUCCAGCUUGCUGUUAUUACAAGAAAAGAAGGAAGUAUGGAGAGAAACCAAGAGAAUAUGAGCAAUUGUGUAAUUUUUACUUACAAUGCAAGUAUACAUAGGCUAUAAAGCCUGUUGUACCAGGCUUGUUGGUUUAUGGCCUUUUAUUCUAACACCAGGGCAAUGGAAGUUUAGAGAAUUACAACAUUCAGUAACCUUAGGCUACCUGAAGGGUUUGAGCAAUGCUUGAGAGAUUUAAGAAGUACCAUUUCUAACCAAAUGAAAUUGUCAUUGUACAAAAUAAAAGUGUACAUUUUAAAUGAGAGUCAUUACAUUUUUUUCAUGGAGUUCAAUAUUGUAUAAGCAAGAAAUAUUGUGAAGAAACAGAGGCAGUUUUUUGUAAACUCUUAGUUAAAACCUGAAAUACACUAAAACUGUAAUAAAUGAUUUAUUUUUGUUCCAUUCUUAAGCAUAUACUUAAAAAUAACUGAAAAACUUUUAAAAUAUGGUUUAGCAAAUAAAAUAACUUUGGCAUUGUUUCACCUGCCUGUUUUUUUCCAAUGGCUGGAAAACUGGGGCAGAACAGGGACUUUAGCCCACAGUUGCAAUCCACAGGAUACGCUGUAAGGAACAAUGGUAGCAUCUGUAUAAAGAAACCACUUGCAUUUUGGUGAUAAAAGACUGUUUGGUAAAUUAUUAAAUUUCAAUUUACUGGCUGCUGUUUUUAAAACAAGUAAUGCAGUUUCUUUUGUUAGACGGCUGUAUUCGAUUUGUUAAAUUCAAAUGUAUUUGUAAUCCUCCAGUAUAUUUAAUUUUUAGGUACAUUUUGAGUAAUCUUGUUUCCUGUAAAGUUAUGAAGGUAUACUUGUUGUUAGUGUUCUUCAGGCUGUUAUUUUAUGGCAUGUUAUUUUUUGAUAAUAUUAAUUAUUUUGCAGUUUCUUUACAUUUAGGUGCAUACUUGAGAGUAACUUUGUACAUAGAUUUUAUAUUUUGUAGUUUUAAUGUAUGUUUUCUUCCAAUACGUUUUUGGUAUUUUAUUAUUUAUUUUGUACAAGUAUGUUUGUGUGUGUGUGCCGCAGCACAGGUAUGGAGAACAUUCAAGAGUUGCUCCCCUACCAGGCCUCCUUAGCAAGCACCUUUACUCAUUGAGCCUUAUCAUCAGCCCCAAAUAUGAUUUUUGCCCUGUUGUUUUCUUUUAUUUUUUUGAGACAUAGUCUCUCUAGGACCUCACUACAGAUACCAGACUGGCCUUGAAUUGCAGAGAUCUGCCUGCCUAUCUGCCUCCCAAUUGCUGAAAUUAGAAAAGUGUGUGUGCCACUAUGUCUGGCUGAUUUUUAUACAUAAUUUACAUUCUUUAGCUGUUUUCUAGUAAGUAGAUUAAAGAGUGUUAGCUUUCCUAUUGACUCAGAAGGGACCUUCAGUUACUCUUUCAUAUUCAACAGUUUAAAAUUGAAUUAUCUUUAUAUGUUAGAACCCAUUGUCACGUUGAAGAGUUUGAAACUGAUGUGUAUCAUGUAAUUUCUGCCUUAUGUUUAUGUUGUUCAGCUUUUAUUGCAAGCUUUUAAUUGCUCAUUAAAACAAGUAUACCAUGCUGAUAUAAAUAGUUUCCUGGUCAAAAAUAAGUAAGACCAUACCAUUUAUUCCAAUAAAAUGUAUGAAUCGUAGUAAUCUUUUCUAGUAAGAUUAAUGUUGGUGUUAUUCUUCAUUAAAUGCAAUUUUAAACCCGCUUGGUACUUGUUUUAAAUGAACUGAUUACAUUUUCAUGUAGUUUGGUGUCUCUGUCUGUUAAAAAUACUUUGUGAUUGAAUAUACUUCUGUCUUUUGGAAUUGGUCUCACCCGGAAGAUUGUGAUACAAAGGAAGUAGUGACUCAGGAGUCCAAGUUGAUCUCAUUUUUAAAAGGUGGUGAUUGUGUUUUCAUGAUUGCAAUUAUGUUUGCAUUUUCAGACAUCUGUCCAGGAUGUCACUUUUUUCAUCUAGCCUAGUUCCUGAGGAGACUUACUUCCUUUUCCUACUGCCAGGCCUUUAGACCCAAUUGUGUGGACUUGUUUUCCCUGGUGUCAACUCAGUAUUUCAUUAUUUACUGAACUGUGUUUUCCAUUAAUACCAGUGCUUCCUAGAUUCCAUAAGAUUGCAUCCUGAUACAUCCUGAUAAAUGGGGGGGGUGGGGGGGGAAUGAAUGAGAUGUAUAUUUAAAACAAACUGGUGAACACUUAACUUUUUGGCCUACAGUGUUACUUAGUAUAAAGUUCGUUAAAAACAUCAAACCAUGUGUAUUUUGUACUAGACCAUUCAUUCAUUUGGACUAUGUAGUGCAUGCUACUUUUGUGUAUAUGUAUACAUAUUGUCUCCACAGUGCAGCACUCCUGCAUGCGGAAGGGCUAGAAAGAGGCAGAGUAGGGAAUACAGCUAGUUAAAAUUCAUCUUUAGUGGGCAGUGAUAGCACAUGCUUUGAAUCGCAGCACUGAAGAUGCAGAAGCAGGAGGAUCUCUUGAGUUCAAAGCCAGCCUGGUUUACAAGGUGUCGGGACAAUCAAACUGUUAUAGAGAAACCGUCUCAAAAAAACAAAAGAACAAAAAAUAAAUAAAUAUAAGUAGGCCAGGUGGUGGUAGCAGAUGCCUUUAAUCCCAGUACUCAGGAGGCAGAGGCAGGCAGAUCUCUAACCUUGGUCUACAGAAUUCCAAGACGCCAGGGCUACGCCCUGUCUCAAAAGGACAACAACAACAACUAAAGCUUUCAAACAUUUACCAAACUUUUUCACCUUGGCUUUGAUCCCACCACUCCCAAAAUAAGAAAAAUCAAGGAUCAAAAUAAAGGUUCUUAAUGAAAUUAAACUUUGUAAAUAGGAAAUUUGUAUUUCAUUUGUUUCAUCAAAUGAAUUCUUUUUUAUUGUUCUUUAAAAUAUCACAAACAUUUUUAAAAGGUAGCCGAGCACCUUGUCUCCUCUUUUCAUUUCUGUUGGUCUCCAUUUUCUAGGCAUUUGGAAGCCUAUUUUAUGUAUAAUAAACUGGGCAACAGAAUUACAUAAAACAUGUCUGUAAAUGUCAACUACCACAAUAGAAAGUAAUUCUAAUUUUUGACAGUUUGUAUGAAGAGGAAAUAAAUAACUUUUAUAUAUUUACUGAGUAUUUGGAGCUCUUUGCCUAGAAUUCUAUUCGUUUUAUUGGCUCUUUUAAGGGUUCUUUAAAUCCUUAGUAUUUAUUUGCUCUGUGUGUGAAUUCUGCAGCUAGUAAGGCAUUUCUCCAGCUCUGAGAGCUGUAAACAUGACCUUUUCACUGUAUCAUCCUUAUCAUCAGGACCAAGAACACGCUUUUAUUAAUUUUUCACAUAACAACUGCAAUUGAAGUCUUGUGAAAGCCAGGUUGUAAAGGAAUUAUAGGAGAAAAAUAAUGCAACCACAAGUAUUAGGGACUGAGUAACUAAACUACUUGAAGGGAGAACCAGUUUUUACCAUAGAACUCAAGGGAAAAAGAAAAAGAAGUGACACAACCUUAUAACCCAGUGCUGGGGUAGGUGGAGACAAACCAUGGGACUCUGGACAGCCAUGCUAGCUUGUUUCAUGAGUUUAUGGCCAGUGAAAGACUGCCAAAACAACAAAAUAUAGACAGCACCUGAGUAACUGACAACCAAGGUUGUCCUUUGGCUUCCAUGUGCAUGACAUAUGCACAUUUAAUAUAACUGAGUCAUGGGGCUGGAGAAAUGGCUUAGCAGUAAGGAGCACUUGCUAAGUUCACUUCCCAGUGCCUGGGUUUGGGUGGGUCACAAUAGCCUAUAAAUCCGAUUCCAGCAGAUCCAAUGCCCUCUUCAGGAUUCUGUGGGCACUCAAAGAUAAUUGCAUAUACCCCCACAAAUGCACACACACAAAAAUGAUAAAUCUUACUUUAAAAAGCUGAGACACAGAAAUAAAUACAAAGGAAAGACAAAGUCACUUGCCUUUAAGGUUGAAAACCAAAAGUAAAAUGAAAGACUGAAUACAAAAUAUCUAUAUAUUGUAUUCGUUGCAAAGGUGUUAAAAUGUAAGAGCAUAUUAAUGUGAUUCAGCCACCGGACCAAUAGACGGAGUAAUUACAAAAGAAAGGUUUUAAAAACAUUCAUGGGCCAGUAAGAUGGUUUGGUGGGUUAAAGUACCACACAACCCUGAUCUGAACUCUAACCCCAGGGUUCAUAGUAAAAGAAGUGACCUGAGAUGUGUGAUAGUGGCACACACCUUUAAUCCCAGCACUUGGAAGGCCAAGGCAGACAGAUCUCUGAGUUUGAGGCCAGCUUGCUCUACAGAGUUCUAGGAAAGCAAGAUCUACACAGAGAAAUCCUGUUUUGAAAAACCAAAAAAGAUGAAGAGGAGACCCGAUUCCAAGCAGUCUUUGACCUCCACCCUCACUGUGGUAUGUAUAGUUGCCCACACAUAUGUACACAAUAAUUUUCAAAAUCAGUAAUCACGAGGGCUUGGGAUAUGAUCUAUUGUUCUCUCUUAGUUUAUUGAUUAAUCUUAACUGAGUGGUUAGAUUGAAGGUCACCUUUUAUGUAAACUCCAUUUCACAAUGAGACCCUAAUAAAGUAUCAAGAAGCAAUGGACAUGAGGAUGAGUGAAAUGACAUUGGGAGUUCCUAGCCUGUAUAUAAGCAUCAUACUGUGGGCAGGACAGCUGAAGUGAACAAACUUUAAGGUUUUGUUUGUUUUAAACUUGCAAUUUUCCUGCCAGUAUUCACUUAUGUUAGCAACUCUUCAAGAGGCUUCCAAGCCUUAGGUUCCGACUGCUUUUGUAUCGUGCCUCUCUUGUGCCGUAUACUUGUUUAGCAAUCUUUUCAGUCUGUAAGUAGCACUGCUGUAUUUUCCAUGCCCUGACUGUGUAAUUCAAUCUAAUAAACCCCUCUUAAUAUGCUGUAUAAA